AUGCAGGCUCAGCCGCCCCUGCACGGCGGCUACUUCCACCCGGUGCUUCGCUCGUGGCAGGCGACGGCCGCCGCCCUCCACGCCCGGCAUCUGGUCUACCCGAUCUUCGUCUCGGAUAGCCAGGAUGCCGUGGAGCCGAUCGCCAGCCUGCCCGGGCAAGCUCGGCACGGGGUCAACAAGCUGGAAGAGCUGCUCGGCCCCCUGGUGGCUGACGGGCUGACGUGCGUGCUGAUCUUCGGCGUCCCAAGCGGGGCCAUGAAGGAUGAGCGCGGCUCUGCAGCCGAUGCCAAAGACACGCCUGUCAUCCAGGCCAUACAGAUGAUCCGCUCUUUGUUCCCCGAGCUGCUGAUUGCGUGUGAUGUCUGCUUGUGCCCUUAUACCUCGCAUGGGCACUGCGGUCUCCUUCGGCAGGACGGCACCCUUCAGAAUGAGGCCAGCUGCCGGAGACUCGCUGAGGUGGCCCUGGCCUACGCCAAGGCAGGCUGCCACAUCGUGGCCCCCUCGGACAUGAUGGACGGGCGCAUCCAUGCAAUCAAGGAAGCCUUGGUUGCCAAUGACCUGGGCAAUAAGGUGUCGGUCCUGAGCUACAGUGCCAAAUUUGCUUCCUGCUUCUAUGGCCCUUUCAGAGACGCGGCCUUAUCCAAGCCCGCCUUUGGGGACCGGCGGUGCUACCAGCUUCCUCCAGGAUCUCGAGGGUUGGCUCUGCGGGCAGCGGACCGGGAUGUGCAGGAGGGGGCAGACAUGCUGAUGGUAAAGCCUGGGAUGCCCUACCUUGACCUUGUGCGGGAAGUGAAGGAAAAACACCCCAGCCACCCCCUGGCUGUCUACCAUGUCUCGGGAGAGUUCGCCAUGCUGUGGCAUGGGGCACAGGCCGGAGCCUUUGACCUGAAGGCAGCAGUGAUGGAGGCCAUGGCCGGGUUCAGGCGAGCAGGAGCCGAUGUCGUCAUCACCUACUACGCGCCUCAGCUUCUGCGGUGGCUGAAAGAAGGGCAGGUGUGAAGGGGCUCCCUGGCCUGGCGAGCAGGAGGGAAGCAGGAGACAUGAUGGAAAGCACUGGGUGGCCGAAGGCGGGAAGCUGGGCGGUUUUUUUCUUUUACAGCUUUUGGAAGAGCUCGCUUCAAAAUUUGUGUCUUGUAAAGAAAUUUGGCUGCUGAAAUUUGUGGUAACAAAUUUUCCAGAUCCCUGCCGAUACUUUCUUUAAAAACAAACAUUUGCCUUUUAAAAUACUGCUACAAUGUUAUUACGCUCUGCCGGAUUUUGUCUAUGCUGGUUAGUGGCAGAAUAUCCAGAGACACGUAUUGACUGAAAAGCAGUCGGGGAACAUUUAGCCAGAGGGCUGCUGUGUAGUCGCAGAGAGGGAAGCCCAUCCUCUGCCAGAAGGAAGAAAGAGGAAAGACGUUUUUCUAAAAACUAACAAACAAACAAACAAAAAAACCUUGUAAGCUUUUAAGCCACUCUGUAUCCUCCCCAAGGGGAUUUUUUUCACCUGCAAUCUCAGUCUGAGGCUCUGGUGUCUCAGUUUGCCUUUCAAAUCCACUUAAGUAAAACCUUUUAAAAGAAAUGAUCUCAUAAUUCACUUCUCUUAACGGACAGGAGUAGAAGAGGAGUUUCUCCACCCACACGACCUAGAGAGGAAGGAAAAGAGCUACUGCCCGAUCGGUUCUGUCCUCGCCAACUUGGUUGGCCUUGGGAAGGUUCAUUCAACCGGCCUUCAACAGACAAUCCAUGGAAGACUUCAGGGGCUUCCUAGAUCAUGGAAGCCCCCGCAUUCGGUCUUGGCUUAGCAUGAGGCGUACACCAGGCCGGUGCAGCAGAUUCAGUAAACCACGAAUUCUCACUUGGCUCAAUGUGUGAACCCUGUUCUUCUGUUCAUGCAAGCUGCCACCCUUGCUGCUGCUGGGCCGGCCUUCUCGCCUGCGCCCUGGAGGCCAGGCCCUCCUGCUUCCUGGGAUGCAGUGCCUUUCUGUCUCCUAGCAGGUGGGUUCUUUUGCUCUGCUCUGCUUUGCUUUGCUCUUCUUUCCUCAACCCAUUUUUUGCUGCUUUCAUCUCCUGCCUUCUCUGUAAAUCUAUGUGAAAGCUGAUGAGAAGUAAAGUUUUAGUAUUUACUGAGAAAAAA